GUUCACUUGACAAUUCUAGACGCCGAUAUUCGAUCGCAAACCCUCAGCCCUUUUGCAGCGCUCUCACAACACUGUCAACAACACCACGCCUCAUACUCCAUCCUCAAAAUGACAGCGCUCUUCAACUUCCAAUCCCUCCUCCUCGUAAUCCUCCUCACAAUCUGCACCGCCACCUACGCGCACUACGUCUUUCCCGGCAUCAUCGACCGCAACAAGGAGAACUACUUUGUCAGCCCCAUAUGGAAGGCCGCGAGAGUGGGUGAGAGGCUGAGCCCGUAUGUUAGUCUGGCGUGUGUGGUUAUGGCGGUAAGUCCUAGAUCUCUUCAUCCUAGGAGAAGUGCAAGGUGGUGUAAGGGUUGAGAGACUUGGUGUGGGAUGAAGGGGGUGCAGGCAGGGCGUGUUGUGAGAACUUUGAGGAUGGGGCGCACGGCAUCACAAAGGAUCACCCGGGACAGAGGGGCAGAUGCUGACGUGUUGCAGGCGCUCACGUUCAUGGGAUGAGCGGUGACUAGUGAAUAGGAGGCAAGAGGACGACACUAUGAGCUACCGGUCGGUUCGGUAAGGGCAGGCGCGGCACAAUGGUGAUGAGCCCUUGGGGACCCUGAGAGCUGACUCGAGC